AUGGGCUUGCAGGUGAUGAAGAGCUCCUCUGAGCUGCUCCUCCUGUGCGUGCUGACCUCCCUCAGCCCGCUGCUCCCUGCCUGGGCCUUCUCCCAGGGAGCUAAGCCCUCCUCCUGCGUCUCCAUGGGCGUCACUCCGGGCCCACCCCAGGACCCGGCACGCCGUCGCCCUGACACCCCCGCGCCUCCGCCGGACCGCUGCAUGGCGGUGAGGAGCAGCAGAGACUUCAUGGGCUUCCUGCUGCAGGCGCGGUCUGUGCGCGAUGACCGCGUGGUCGGCUCCUUCGUCCUGGUCCCGCCCGGCUCUCGCACGCUCGGCUGCGUGGACGCCGGGGACACCGUCACGCACUCCGACAAACUGCUCAAGAGGAACCUGUCCUUCGUCUGGAGGGCCCCGGACACGCCCCUGGGAGACGUGCGCUUCCUCAUUACGGUGGUGCAGUCAUACUUUGUGUACUGGGCGCGGAUUGAGUCCGAUGUGGUGCAUGAUGGGACAGAGAACUCGAUCGGAGACGAGGUGGGAGGAGUCAGAGCCCUGCCUGGACUGUGGGCGGAGCCAGCGAACCAGACAGGCGCAGCGGAGACCAGAGAGAGCCUCAACAGCACAGGCCAGCAGGGAGAGGGGAACCCCAGCCUCAGUCCCACCCUCCCCACGGUCUCCAGGGGGGGUCCCGCGACCCCAGCCCCGCCCACAGGCCCGGGGAACUUUACUCUGCACCUGGACCACGCCCGAACCAGGGUGCACAGAGAGCACAGGCAGCACAGGGAGCACAGGCAGCACAGGGAGCACAGCCCCCCCGACCCCUCCCUGAGGGAGAUGCCUGUUGUUCUGCAUGCCUCUACUCAAAGCUCUCAACCUCUCCAGGCUUCUAUCUCAGUCCCACCAGGCCCCGGGGACCCCCCCCGUGUGGAGACCCCCCAGCAGAGCCCCCUGACGGCCCCAGGCCCACAGACUGAGCCCGCCCCCUCCUCUCCUCACCUGGAGCCCUCCCCCGCCCCUCGCCGCUCUCAACUGGACCCGGCGACGCCCCGCGCCCAGCCCCACGGGACGACCCCCCCGCCGACCCCGGCCCUCGGGUCACGGGUGCUGCAGAAGGGCGUGGUCGCGCGGAACCUGUCCCGGGGCGGAGACGCGGGGCUGGCCGGGGAGGGCGGGGCCGGGGGGAAGGGGGCGGGGCCAGCGGGGGGCGUGUCCCACAGGACCGCGCUGGAGCUGGGCGUGCUGCUGGGCUGUGCGUCCGGGCUGGGCAUGGUGCUGGCGGUGGGCCUGCGGUACCUGCACAGCCAGUACUGCCUGAAGCGCACCGCCGUGUCCCUGAGCGAGCGCCAUGGCAACGUGAUCCACCUGCAGGACAGCGGCGAGCUGGUGCAGAUCCGCAAGAUCCGGCAGGACAGCUUCGUCCUGCUGCAGGCCGAGUACAACGUGAUGACCCCGCCGGGGAACUGA